UUAAUCAUCUACAUACGCUUACUUUCUCUUUCUUUUACGACCAUCCGGCUGGGGGUAUGAGUGGAGCGUUUGUUUAUUUUUAUCGCAGCACCUUGAUCUUGCGUGCGUGAGACCGCCAGAGUGGUGGAACGGGUCCCGUGACGACACCUUGCUUGCUCAGGUGGUGGUUGCGGCGGGAUAGAAAAGGAUCGUAGCAUCUAGAAAUUAAUUCACACUGCCGAAUUGCCAACAGUUUCCGGCACAAAGCAAUCGAGAAAGUAUUGGCACGAGAGCUAACCAGUCGAGAUAGUGCCAAAACGCACCGGAGCGCUAUUUGGGUCAAGUGUGUCCCCAUCCAAAUCAAGUGAGUUCGCAAACCAGUUCGGGAUGCUUUCCUCACCGUUUCGGGAUGCUCUCUGAGAAAGCUUUGCCUGUUUGUGCGCAGUUUCAGCUAACGGUUCUUGCUGUGCAGCUCCUAUUGAACGGCUAAUGACACAGCGCUGCCCGGGAGAAAAGCCCAACGCUUGGGUUAUGGUUUAGCGACUGGCCGGCGCAUCCACCAGUCGCGUUUUAGGACCGAACCGAAAAUGAGGCAACUACAGCUGCUCCUGCUUGGAGCCUUCCUGCUGCUGCUGGCGGUCGCCGUCGUGACCGUGGACGGGGAGCCGAUCAAAUCGAGCAGCCACGGGCACCACCAGCACCACCACCAUACACAUCACAAGAAGAAGCACGGCAGCCAUCAUCACCACAACAUGGUAUACGGGUUUGGCGAUCCGUUCGAGUCGAACGGCCGGUGGCUCCAGGACGAGAGCGACCAGUGCAACUGCAACGUGAUCGUGCAGAAGAUGAAGAAGCUGCGCGAGAAGGUCCUGCUGGUGGUCAGCUCGUUCGACAAGCUGCUGAAGGUGCAGGUCGAUCUGCGCAACAUCAAGAACCUGCUGAAAAACAUCGACCUGAGCCUGACCGCGCUCGGUGGGUUCGUGUCGAACAGCGAGAGCCAGAUCGCGUACCUCGAGGAACAGACGCAUGCGGUGUCGAUGCUGCUAAGCCGCGCCAAGGCAGGUGCGGUACAGCUGCUGACGAGGGAAAAUCUCAUCGAAGCGCUUGGGCCGGUCAAAUCGUCCACGGAGGCACCGCCGCUGCAGGAGCUGGACGAGAUCGUGUACAGCUCGUGCCAGGAUCGGCGCAUCAUCAAGACGGGCGUGUACCGGGUGUACACGAACGUGACCAACAGCAUGUACGUGCUGUGCAGCCUGGACUUUGGGCAGAACGCGUGGACGGUGAUACAGAACCGGUUCGACGGGUCGGAGACGUUCUUCCGGCCGUGGAACCACUACAAGCGCGGGUUCGGGUACUUCGGGCACGGCGAGUACUGGCUCGGGCUGGAGAACAUCUACGCGAUGAUGGCGGGCCGCGAGUACGAGCUGCUGAUACUGCUGGAGGACUUUGACGGGAAGUUCGCGUACGCCAAGUACAAGUACUUCCGCAUCGACGGCGAGAAGGACGACUACCGGCUGGCCAAGCUGCACGGGUACAUUGGCAAUGCGGGCAACUCGCUGCAGGAUGCCGAGGGCAUGAAGUUCUCGACGUACGAUCGGGACAACGACAAGUCGCCGGAGAACUGUGCGCAGGCGAACCACGGUGGCUGGUGGUACAAGGCGUGCGGUGAUACAAAUUUGAACGGAGCGUAUCGGAAGGAGUACUCGCACGAUCUGUCGGGAAUUUUCUGGAAGGAGUUCCGCGGGCUCAACUACAGUCUGAAGCGGUCCCGCAUUAUGAUGCGCAACAAAAAGGAGCAUCACCACAAGCAGCACUACCACCAUCAUGCGCACCACGGCUACCACAGGAUAGAUGAGGAAGGCUAUGAGGAGGAGGAAGAGGAGGAGGAAGAUGAUGAGGAGGAUGAGGAGAAGUACUAUGCGGCGGGCUUUGAGGCCGAACUCUAGCGUCGGAGCGCUGGUGAAGUCGUGUCGGACCAUGGAACAGAUAUUUAUUUAGAUUGUACUCGUGCGCCUUCGGUAGAGAGGCAAUAAUAAAGCUAUAUUGUUUGACUAUGUCAUCUUUGCAUAUAAGUCGAUUACA